UUUCGACCUAGGCGGCGAUUUUGUCACCACGGAUCUUAUACAUUGAUGAAAUGCCUACUUGCAAUAUCGGCAUUUCUUGCCUUGGUAUCUGCUAAUACCGAGAAGAUAAUAUUUCACACCACCGAAAGUCCAUUGAGUACGAAUGAUCCCACCACCGUUACCCACAUAGACGCUUGGGCAGAACGUAACGGUUGGCCGAUAUUACGCGCCCCUUUCACCACUUUGGCGGACAGUAUACGACCACAAUCAUCUUUAGAUGAAGGGCCGAAUCCUAUCAAUCCCGAAAACCCUCAUUACGAAUUUCAGAGCGAGAUUCCGUUUCAACGAUGGUACAGAGUCCGAGGUCUCAUAGAAGGCGGAGGUUAUGAAGCCAGAAUAUCUUACCCAGCAACGUCUCCAACCGAUUUUUCGCUCGAACUAUUGAACCACACACAGCUGUAUAAUAUACUGAGCGAUCCUCUCAAGUACGGCAGCAGCAAUGCGGAUGGGUUUAAGGAUUUCAUCGACACUGACACUGAAACAAACAACAAUCCCGAUGAUUUGGAUAGCGAGAUUUGGAUGUUUCUUCUAGUGGAAGGUAAUUAUACAGGCAUUUCGAUUGUCGAAGGUGUAGAGUUUCGUCCGGUCAAAUAUAAUAUCGCACUAGAGCAAUUGCACAUGGGAUUCAUACCGAAUCAAGCCUACAAACUUGCCAUUUCUCUAUUGCUAGUGAUAGGACUUGGUAGUUUCGUCGUUGCGCCGAAGUUUUAUGCACACAUCGAGGAUGCCGCCAAUGAUCAUACUGCCCAAGUGCAUAAAAAACGCAGCUAGGGGACAACCUUAGUACAUUUAAUUGUAUAUACCAUAUAUUUAAAAAAGGGUCUGUAGGAAUAAAUAAGCCAAGCUCUUGGGUUACAUGAG